AUGGCCACGAUCCUGUUCACGACCGACGACGAGAUUCUGGACAACAUCUCGCAGUAUGACGAGUCGUUCAGCGGCUACUGCGCCGAUCCGACGGCCACCAUCCACGCCGAGCUGCCAGUGGAACGGCCGCAGACGGCGGACGUAGACGAGACGGGCGGACGGCCGUUCACCUGCGGCCACGCGCUGGGCGGCGAGGCGUCGGGCCGCGUUCCCCAGCUCUCGUCCGGCGAGAUCGUCAGCUUCGACUCGUCCGGCGCCGUACCCCGCGGCCAGAUCGUCCAGCUGACCUUCACCUCGUCUUGGGGGGACCGGCAGCAGCUCGGUCUGACGGCACUGGAAAUAGUGCGGGAAAACCAGCAGGUGGUGCCUCUGAAGACCUCCUACCUGACGGCAUCGACAGCCACAGCGACACUGCCGAGACUGCUGGACGAGCAGCGCGUCAGCUGUGACCCGGAGCACAUGUGGCUGGUGCCCUGGAAGGAGGGUCAGUCGGUGACGCUGAUCCUCCGCCUGCCGGCCACCACCGCCAUCGCUGCGCUGCGGGUGUGGAACUACAACGCCUCGCAGGACGACGCCUACAAGGGGGCGCGCAACUGCAUCGUCUCGGUGGACAACAAGCGGGUUUCGCCGGCCGAGGGGAGGGUCAGCCUGCGAAGGGGCGGUCCGGUCGCCGCCGCCCGCCGCCAUGAAAAGUCCGGCAACGGACGCACGCACGUGCGCAUCAGCGACAGCGUGUACCAGGACGAGUACGAGGCGCCGAUGAUGCCGCAGGGGUUCGUGUUCCAGUUCCACCUGCUGUCCACCUGGGGAGACCUCUACUACACCGGCCUGAACGGCAUCGAGCUCUACGACGCCUCCGGGCACAAGAUCCCGCUCACUGGCAGGAACGUGGCGGCGUACCCAGACAGCGUGAACGUGCUGGACAAUGUCUCCGGGGACGUGCGCACGCCUGAUAAGCUGGUGGACGGCGUCAACAACACCAUGGACGGCCGCCACAUGUGGCUGGCGCCCAUUCUGCCCGACAUGAUCAAUCGAGUCUAUGUGAUAUUCGACGAGAUCCAGACGGUUUCGAUGAUUAAGAUUUGGAACUACGCCAAGACUCCCACCAGAGGUGUCAAGGAGUUUGGGCUGCUGGUGGAUGACCUGCUGGUGUACAACGGCGUGCUGGGGCAGAUCGCGAGCACGGGCCGCCUCGUGGGUCAGGCCGUGCCCUACCACACCGUGCUCUUCACUUCGGACCGCGAGCUGGUCCAGAAAGAGCGUAACACUGUCAUCAGGCCGAUGAGUUCCGGGGAGAGUGAGGUGCGGCUUCUGAACAACAACCCGAACUCGCCAUCGGCCAUGACGCCGUCGGCCGGGGCCGGCUCUAGUGUCGACCAGAUGCGGCGGCCCUUCACCCAGCAGACGCCGGCCGCCGCGCUUGGACUGCGGCGGAAAACGCUGCAAACAUAACUUGCGGGGGUCGCCGAUAGGUGGAGGACCUGUCCUUGUGUUAUUCGGGUGCGAGGAUGUGUUUCCGCUGCAUCUGUGAGCUGCGGACGAGCAGCAAGGGUGGCGCGUGUGUAGAAGUGUGGAGAAUUCGUCACUGUUCUUUGCUCGGACAAAUCCGGAGUUUGGUCGAUGUUCGGAGUGCUCGGCCAGACCGCUGCCGGAUUACACGGGCAAAUAUAGAAGUGUGCGAAAACGGCCGAGUGUGUGAUGUGGGCUUGCCUAAAUAAGCAAAUCUUUCCACGGUGAUCCCAUUU